GUGGAGAGUGAGCUCCAAGCUGGCAGAGACAAAGGGGACCCGACUGAGAAACAACUCCAGGUUGUCUUGGAGGAGGCUGCGCUGUGGCAGAGGUUCAGGGAAGUCACUAAUGAGAUGAUCGUGACCAAGAAUGGCAGUCAAUGAGAGUUGUCACUAACAUCAGUGGAAUCAGGACUGGGUCCUUUCUAUAAUAGAAAACACGAAUGUUCCCAGUUUUAAAGAUCAGUGUGUCAGGUUUGGAUCCCAACGCCAUGUACUCCUUCCUGUUGGACUUUGCCCCAACCGAUGGCCACCGCUGGAAGUAUGUGAAUGGUGAAUGGGUGCCCGCUGGGAAACCAGAGCCACCAAGUCACAGCUGCGUCUACAUCCACCCAGACUCUCCCAACUUUGGGGCGCACUGGAUGAAAGCUUCUGUUUCCUUCAGCAAAGUGAAACUUACCAACAAGCUCAAUGGAAGCGGGCAGAUAAUGCUGAAUUCCUUGCAUAAAUACGAGCCUCAGGUUCACAUUGUUCGUGUGGGAGGCCAACAUAGGAUGGUAAUGAACUGCUCCUUUCCGGAGACUCAGUUCAUAGCUGUCACUGCUUAUCAAAAUGAAGAGAUAACAGCUCUCAAAAUCAAGUAUAAUCCCUUUGCCAAAGCCUUCCUGGAUGCAAAGGAAAGAAACCAUCCCAAGGAUACUCCCGAAAAUGUUUCGGAAGGUCAACAUAUGACAUAUUCUCACCUAGGUGGCUGGUUGAUUUCCAAUCCAGAUGCAGUGUGUGCAGCAGGAAGCUCUAAUUAUCAGUAUGGAGGAGCUUUGUCUCUGCCUGCCCCACAUUCCCACCAUGGCUGUGAGCAUUAUGCAGCCCUUCGAGGGCAUCGGGCUGCACCAUAUCCUGCUUCAUACAUGCAGAGAAAUCACUCCCCAACAGGGAAUCUGAUUGAGAGCGCUAGCAAUAAUGUGCAGAUGUUUCCAGGACACGAUAGCUGGACUUCCUUACCAUCCACUCCACAUGCCAACUUGCUUUCAGUACCACAUGCCAAGGAAACUGCCACUGCUGGUCCUAGCCACUAUCCCUGUCUGUGGACAGUCAGCAACAAUGCCCUUAAUGUUGCCAACCCGGGGAGUGACGUGAAUGGCAGUGCUCCAGGCAUGUUCCUGCGAGGUAACAUCCCUUUGCCCACCACAUCUGCCUCGAUGCCUCUGCAGGGAGCAGCCGUCAGCAACGUGGAAACACCAGGGGAACCCACUCUUGCCAGACUAGCUGAUUCUGCCUGGACAUCCUUGCAUUCGUUUUAACGGGCGGGAAGCUCUCUAGGAAGGUUCAACUGGAUCCGAGCAAGAUUGACAGGACAAAAACACCUCCUACAAUCACAGUUCAGGGCAGGGAGAGGACAUGCACACAAGGAACCUAUUUCAGCAAUGCACCAGAUUCCAUGAUAAACCUUGCACCUCUCCAUUUCCAAAUGAGCAAUGAAAGAUUGAGUCAAGGGACCUAGUGCAAAGGAGGGGAAGAGUUAGAGGGGAGCUGGUUUCUUCUUGUACCAUUCAGCGCUACAGCAGACUAUGACUGAUCCAAGUCUUUAGAGUCAGUUUGCUUCCAUGUCAAAGCAAAGGGGCCAGAGAUUCAGGUCCCAAUGAAACAGAAGUGGCAGCUGAGUAUUUUAAUGGGAUUUCAAAGGAAUGUUUAUUGUAAUUUAGGCCAGUCGCAGUUAGAUUGCUGGCAGGGACCUCAUAAUAACAACAACCAGAAACAAUGACAUCCUCAUACAAUCUCUGAGCAGCAUUUUAAAGUGGAAAUGCUGUCCAGAAAAGCCCUAGUGUUCUUUACUACUUGUUUUAUGAAGUUCGUAAAAUUCUUGAAGGUAAUGUGGAGGAAAUUGCCUUCUGUAUCCCUAAGACACUCCCCUCUAGUUUCACCUGCAUAGGUGAUAUUCUUCCCUUCCUCUCCUACAGCUGUUGUGUAGUCUUUGUGUGCUAUAAGAAAACCUAGCAAGAAGUUAUGCAAACUGCAGUUUUAUUUCACUGAUGUGGAAGUGGGGACAGAAUGCAGUAAACUUCCCCAUAGGUGUGUUAGCUCUAUAGGACUGAGAGGAGAAAAAAAUGGAUCAGAGUGAUUACGUACAUAUAGGCCCAGGCCCACAAAAGGUACUUAAGCACCUAAGCCCCAGGGUUGGCUGCACUGUGAUCCACAAAAUCUUGUAGGAGCCUAAACUUACUCAGCCCUUAAAUUACUGCCUCUGGGCACACACAUGGCUGCCUCCUUAUCUCCCAUCUAAGUCCCUGGGACCCUGCAGGGUGAAAGGGUUCCAGUAGAGCAUUUAUACCACAAUUAAACAAACCAUUAGCCUGAGCCCUGUGAUCUGGAAUCAGCUGGCAUCAUGGGACUGAGGUGCUGUUUUCUAAAAGAUGUAAUAUUUGGUGGAAGAUAAGACAGGAGCCAAGCAGGGGGUAGCCCUCUUUUACUUGGGAGAUCUGAACAGUUUGUGUAAGGACAUCCGUUUCCCACACAAUGGACAGAAUGGAUUUCCCCAGUCAUAUCAGCUGGGUUAAAUGUGCCAGCAGGCGAGGUGUGUUGUUCCUCAGGGAAAUGUGCAAAUGCGGAGAGGAUUUUGAAGUGGCACUUGCUCUUAAAGGCAACUCAAGAGAAGAGUGUGAACAACCACAAUUGGUCAGGAUCUCCGUUCUACAUCUUGUCAAGUGUUGCUGAUGCCACUGUGUGUGUGUGUGUGUGUGUGUGUGUGUGUGUGUGUGUGUUCUGCAGACAUAAUCUUCUGCCGAGGUACAAUGGGAUGGGUGCCCAGAUUUUCCCAGAAUGCACUCAUCAAACAUAGGCAGGCAUGGCAGCAUGAAAAGCAUGGAUAUGGAGCCAUGACUGACACAUGGCUCUGUUGUGGGAACAGCUGUGUGGUGGCACAGUUCAGCCACGCUUGUUGUAAUUGGCUUAGAUGAGCAUGUCAGGACCUGGUUCCAGAAGCAUGGUUGUGUGGCAUAUUGAGGACUGUGCUGAAAUUGCAAACUAUCACUUUAAGAGCAGGAGGGUUUCCUGGUCCUGCAUCCAGCCUCAAGAACUCUGUAGGGAGGCUGUGACCAGCAGUCAGUCUGUAGUCAGCCAGCCUAGAAUAAGCUGGAGUGAGUUGUGCCUCUCUGUUUUAGGGAGCAGCCUGCUUUGUGUCUCUGCUCUGGUUUUGGUUCUUGUGUGUUAUCGUUCUGAAUUCUAAGAAAUAAAGUAGUAUUACAUUGCAACUUCCAGCAAGAACAUUUUAUGUUUUUAUCCAACUUCUUUGUGCAUAUGCUGUGAACAUAACAGGUUACACUUGUAUUGUAGCUGGGGCUACAGAGGGCAGAGCGCAGCUUAUAAAUCAUCUUUGUUUAGCUGCACAGUGCCAUCCACGCCGUCUGGGGGCAUUGCCUAAGUGCUGACCGAGAUGAAAAAGCAUCAGCUAUUGAGUGGCCAGCAAUACUUCUAGCAGCGCCUUGCUUUCUCCCCCAGCCUGUGACUCCAAAUCCGUGUUGGCAUCAGUUUGUAGUGUGUGCACUGUGCAAGUAUCAACUCAACCACUGGUGAUUCCUUGUUUCAGCCCUCUGCCCCUUUCCCCACUAGUGAGAGACACGGCUCAUCAAACCCACACCCUAAGACGUUCAGUUCCUAAGUUCUCAUGUUGAUCAUUUAUUUUCCAAGACUAAACUUUUUUUUGUGUUUGGUGAGACAGUUGAAGCACGUGCUUCCAUGGGCAGAUGAUUAUUUAUUUAGAGUCAGGGAUACCAUAUUUAUUGCAAGUGAGAUUUUUAUUUUAUUCUCCCAGUGUGAAAAUCUCCUAAUUCUCGAUGGAGGAUACAUAGAAGGAACCAAAGAGUCGCUAGGAACUCUGCAGUGCUGGAGUGCAGGCAGUGCUCUGUCUGUCCUUAGAAAGUCCCAUUUUUUUUACUUUAUACUAUUUGACAGUCUCUCAGCUUACAGUGUAAUGGGGAAAAGUGGUUCUGUGACAUUGUGGGUUUCCCAUGACAAACAGGAUACAGAAUGUGCAUGGAAACCAAAAGGCAUCCUGGGGACAGCCGGAAUACCAAAACACCUUGAAUCAGACACUGAGGGAAGACCUUCCAAAAAGCCCUUGUAUUUCCUUUUUACCAUAUCAUCUAAAGCUGUAGGUGGUGCUCUGGCUCUAACAAACUGAGUGGCCCUUUAAAAAUGCCUUUGAAAUGUUGCUUACAAAUAGCUAUGAUUUGUAACAGCCAUUUGUUUGUGUGUUUUUCCUGUUGCAAGAUUUCUUUUUAGAAAGGGACGAACAUGGUCUGGACAAAAAAUAGAAUUUUGACUUCCUGAUGAUGAGAGGUUAGCAGAAAUCACAUUGAAAUAUUAUGGCUUAUGGUUUAAUAUGGCAUAAACUAGCCAUUUGCUCUAUCUAUUUAUACUGUGUUUGUCCCUGUCGUAAGUGAGCACCUAUACAAUGCAAUCCUGGUGCUGUUC